ACUUAAACAACGUGCAACAACGUGGUCAGAAGGUGUGGCUAUAUGGUUACAAAGCAUGGCUCUGAGUAUUUGGAGAAAGAGGCCCCACAUGAAGUACCUGUCCUCCAGUGAGAGGACGGAGCACGGGUCCCUAUACACCCCCUGGGGGAAUGAGGAGGAACUGAAGACUGUAGGGAACUGGCUGUACAGUGAGGACUCCUCUCAGAGGAGGCGUGGCUGCCAUAGAGUGAGUGCUUGGCAGGCCAGAGGAGUCAUUCCCCUAGCAGUUGAGUAUACUGCUGAUAUAGUCAACUGUCUAUUACUGAAGGAGGAAGAGGAGUCUACCAGUGGGUGUCGUCAUGGAGAUGUGGUGUCAUUAUCAUUUGCAAUGUUCAUUACAAAAUUCAUUAAUGGUUUGUUUGAUUUCGGUCGUUGCUAUGGUGAUGAAAAUCACGCAAUAUAUAAUGUUGUUGAUAGACUGGGUAUCCCAUCAUGGUUAGUUACAGUGCGUCAUGAGUGUACCCACAAGGUCCUUCCUUCUCUAUCAGUAUUAACUGACGGGGUAAUGUUUGCUUAUGAGUGGAUCAGGAUCAACUACUGGGAACAACAAUUUAAUAAUAAUAAUAAUGAUAAUGAUGAUGAUGAUGAUGGAUCAAUGGUACCUCCUCAAUCUUCCCUUCAAGUUAUUUCUUAUAAACAAAAGGAACAGAUUGAGAAACCAACUGAUGAAUUGGAGUCUUUAUUAAUUGAUUUCAAUGAAUAUUUAAUGAGUUUCAGGAGAGGUUGGUUUCAUAAAAGACAGAACGCUGUGAAGAGAAUUUACAAGAAAUUGAGAACAAAAAGUGACAAAAAUAUUUUCAUUAAACUCAUUAAAGCUGGAGUGUUUCUUUGUUCAUUAUCGGAGGAUGAAACUAUGUUACCUUAUGAUGAAGUACCCGAUGAUUUUCCAGUUCUCUCCUCUUCAUUAAUUGAUGGGUGGAGCCCCCUCCUCUCCUCCAUAGGGAGUCACUGCACUACAGCAAAGACUAGUAUACUGGAAUCAUUAAUAACUGCACUGAAUGAUGGAGAAGUUGCUGAUAUUCAGUUAUUAUUACUCGGGUGGAUUGGUCUAUUAUUAGAUGAUGAUACUAUUAAUAGUAACACUAAUAACGUUACAUCAUCAAGUGGAUUCAUUGAAAUAGAUCUAUCAGUUGAUUCAUCAUUAAUGGCUGGUCCAGUUCAUUAUGAUCAGUUAUUAAUGACUUCUAUUAAUAAUCCAGGCCCUUAUACCUACUUAAUUAAUGAGAGGUUAAUUCAGCUUUCUUCUUAUAAUGGAUCAGCUAAUGUCCUACUUCAUUUGUCUUCUCUUGUCUCUCGCUCUCAGUCCAUCUCUCCCUCCCUCCCUCCUCUCUCUCUUGUCUCUACCGACCACGCCUCCUCCUCCUUUAUUGACCACACCUCCUCCUUCUCGUACAAGAGGAAACUGGAAUGGUUAGAGGCUGAGUUGUCUAAGAGACACAAGGUCAGUUCAAUCAGUACCUCUUCCAGUCCAGCGGCAGAAGAAGAGGAAGAAGACACAAUAUGGAGGAAAGCAACAGGUAUAGAUUGGUACAGUGUUCCAUUGGGUGCUCUACCAGCUGGUGGCCAGUCGGUUCUUGAUGUAUCAGUGACUGAGAGAGAGGGUCCAUCAGUAACUACUAGUAACCAAGGACUCACUGGUGAUGAUACUAAUAAUGGAGGAGCUGGUGAUGAAGAUGAAGAUUAUGAUUGCAGUGUUUUAAAUAAUAGUUUAACUGUUGAACAAUUGAAGAUACUGCAAAAUACAAUCACUUUAUAUUAAUCAAUGCAUUGAAUUGAUAAUACAACCAGGAUCAGUCAUUGGUGAAACUACAGCUA